CCACGUCACCGCGCUCCCCCGAGAUUAAACUACGCCCCCCAGCGAAUCGCCGAAGCCCCUCGCGGAGAGGCCUUCCAGUCUUUCCAGAAGCGUCUGGAAGGUUCCGCGCCGACCCCGGGGUACGUGGGGGCCUCGCGCCGGGGGUAUAAGUUGGCGUGGCGGCCGCGUGUACUUGCCUACUGGUCCUCCGGUCCCGGCGAGCUCUCUGCUCACGCGGUCGCCCUGGUCUCCGACUCAAAAGGGGACUGUACUUUCUGGUCCUUCGCUCUGUCUCCCUCUGUUCAUGCAGCGUCGCUCUCACCCUCUUCUUCUUCCUCCUCAUCUCCGCCAAGCUCUGCUUCUCGCAGCUGCAUUUCUUCACUCGUUUAUUUCCUUUCCGAUUUGCAAAGGCUUCGCUUGAGAUUCUGUAAUUUGGGGCACCUAGCGUCGAUAGCUAAGAUAUUGGAAGAAUUUUCUGUCCACUGACAUUCUUUUCCCCUUUCGUUUUCAACCGAUCUUUGGUGGUCCUCGAAUUCCUCCCCUGUUUGACAUUCAGGAAGGCCAUUUUCAGAUUGAGCUAGUUCCGCUGAGGCCGCUUUUCCCAACCAAAGAUCGCCUCCUUUUGACCGGUUCCUGAUUCGUCCGGAUUCCUUUCCCCUGCUCCGUUAAGUGGAGCUCUGUUCUGCCAUUGUUCGAUCGCGUUCGUUGGUUGGUUGGUGUGGCCAUGGACCCCUUCCACGGCAUUGUGAAGGAGGAGGAGUUCGAUAUCGAAUUGGAUUUCACCGGCGCUCCGGCGGGGGACGCGGCGGCAGCGGCGGCUGCGGCGUCCUCGUGGGCCGUCGGCGUGCCGGAACUGCCCCGGCCGAUGGAAGGGCUCGGCGAGGCUGGGCCCACUCCGUUCCUGACCAAGACCUACGACGUCGUGGACGACCCCAACACCGACACCGUCGUCUCCUGGGGGUUCGCCGGCAACAGCUUCGUCGUCUGGGACGCCAACGCCUUCGCCACCGUGAUCCUCCCGCGCUACUUCAAGCACAGCAACUUCUCCAGCUUCGUCCGCCAGCUCAACACCUACGGGUUCAGGAAGGUUGACCCGGACAGGUGGGAGUUCGCGAACGAGGGGUUCCUCCGGGGCCAGAGGGAGCUCCUCAAGACGAUCAAGCGCCGGCGCCCGCCGUCGAGCCCGUCGGCGCAGCAGGGGCAGGGGCAGGGCCAGGGCCAGGCGCAGUCGCCGGCGGUGUUCCUGGAGGUGGGGCAGUUCGGGCUCGAGGGCGAGGUGCACCGGCUGCAGCGCGACAAGGGGAUCCUGCUCGCGGAGGUGGUGAAGCUGCGGCAGGAGCAGCAGGCCACGCGCGCGCAGAUGCAGGCCAUGGAGGAGCGCAUCACCACGGCGGAGCAGAAGCAGCAACAGAUGACCGUGUUCCUUGCCCGCGCCAUGAAGAACCCGGACUUCCUCCGGAUGCUGGUCGACCGGCAGGGGCGCCGCCAGAGGGAGCUCGAGGACGCGCUCUCCAAGAAACGCCGCCGGCCCAUCGGGUACCUCCCGCGCGGCGGCGACGGCAUCAGCAGCGGUGCCGCCACGGAGGCGGCGGUGGGCGACUACAUUUCCGGCCUUCCGGUCGGCGUCAACGGCGUGGCGGAGCCUGCCGACGACGAGAGCCGGCCGGACCACACCGGCGGCGGCGAGGACACUGAGAGCUUCUGGGUGGAGCUGCUGAGCCUCGGCCUGGAGGAGAAGCGCCGGGAGGGCGGUGUCGAGGGGAGCGGCGCUGGCGCUGACGUGGACAACGACGUGGACGACGACGUGGACGUGCUCGUGCAGAGCAUCUACCACCUGAACCCGAACCCGGGCAGCCCCAGCGGGAAGUGAAAGUUCCAGAACGUUCCAGAACCCACUAUGGAAGCAUCCAGUCGUUCCAGCCAGCUGCAAGUAGGGGUUAGUUUAUCCUACGCCCAACUGACUUUUUUGUCGCGUUGCUGCGCAAGUGGCAAAAGCGUCUGCGGUUGGCCAGUUGCCAAGGAAUGUUCAGGAAGCUCGUCAGGCUGCGAAGCUUCUCGAAGUAGGAGUGGCAAGGUUGCAGGCUACUAUCAGUGGCAAUGUACUCCUAGAUUCUGACUAGAUUCGGAUGAAGCAAAGGCUCAUUCCAAAUGGGGGUGAUGGUGCCAUUCCAGAAGCAGUGGUGUAGCACGACAAACCCCUUUUUUUUGGUAUGCAUAUCUUUCGUGAAGUACCAGUAACUAACGUUGUCUGUGCGAAAGGAUGCCUGUCUUGUCU